AUUGCUUUUUCAUUUGAGGUAGGUUAGAAGGUGUACACCUGUGCCUCUGUGGCUCUAACCUAACCAAACAGCAGUGGGACCUCCAUGCCAAAGGGGAUAAAUUAGUUUAUCCUCUUUGAGUCUAAUCAUAGAGCUUAUAAACUUACGAGGUCUAUCUAUGACAAUUUAUCUAUGGUCUAUUAUGAGCCUAACCUAACUUUAAAGAGAGGUUAUGUAAAUUUUGUUUUCACUCGUGUUCGUGGUAUUUUUUUGCUAAAAAUGAAUGUAGAAGUACGAAUAUCAGAUACUUCUAAGGGGAAAGGAUUAUAUGCUACAAAAAAAAUUAAUAAUGGUUCAAUUAUUUUUGAGGAAGAUCCUAUUGUGUCUUGCCAAUUUUCAUGGAACUCAACGUAUCAAUACCGUGCAUGUGACCAUUGUUUGAAGCCUUUAGAAACAGCACAAGAAAAUGCGACCAGACUAACUGGACAUUAUAUGGAUUUACCUUAUUCCGAAUGCUGUAUGACAGAUAAGAGUAAAAUUGUUUCAUGUGUAAUGUGCGGCGUAGAAUACUGUUCCACAGAAUGUCGAGCAGAUGCAUAUAAUAUAUAUCAUAGAAUUCUUUGUUUACAGACAACAGAGAGGAAUAAUGUGCAUCCUUUGGAACAACUAAAUGAAGCAUGGAAACAAGUUCAUUAUCCACCAGAAACAAGCAGUAUCAUGCUCAUUGUACGAUUAUUAGCAAGAAUAAUUCAAUCUUCAAAUAGAGAUGCUGUCAUUGAACAAACUCUGCAGUUUUGCCAUCGAACAGUUAAUGAAGAUGAGGAGUUAGCACACAAUCUUUUAGGAGAGAAGUUUGCAUCUCAGAUUUCCCUUUUGUACAAUUUAUUAACGAAUGCCAUUCCCCAUGAUGGAAUCGAACAGUUCUUAACACCUGCAGGUUUUCAGGGUCUUCUUGCGCUAAUAGGUACCAAUGGACAAGGUGUAGGAACAAGUGCCAUUAGUCAAUGGGUGACAAAAACAUCAGAUCUUACAUUAACUGGUGAAGAAAGGGAAGUCCUAGACAAAUUUAUAGAUAGCCUAUAUGAUCAAAUGGACGAACAUUCUGGAAACUUUUUAAAUAAUGAAGGUGUUGCUUUGUACUCAUUACAAAGCACAUGCAAUCACAGUUGUGUGCCUAAUGCCGAACCUACUUUUUUGCAUAACAAUCACAGAUUAUCCUUGGUAGCAAUUAAAGAUAUAGAGGAGGGAGAGGAAAUAUUCAUCAGUUACUUAGAUGAAUGUACAUUAGACAGAUCGAGACAUUCCAGGAGGAAAGAAUUAAUGAAAAAUUACCUGUUCGCAUGUAAAUGUCCAAAAUGUGAGGAACAGGCUGAAGAACCAGAUGUAACUAGUGAAGAAGAAGAUGAAAACAUGAGUGACUAAAUGUCUGCCUAAUACUUGCAUAUUUUUUAAGUUUAUUUUAUAUAGUUUUUCUAUAAAACAUAUAAAAAUGUUUUUCCGACCUAAAUGUGGGAUUUGCACUUUCUUCAAAUAUAUAAUAAAGACUAUUACUUUCCA